CGCCCAUAAGCGAGUAUUUGCGAACCAUGGCCGAGAGCUAUCGAGUGGAAACGAUACCGCCCUACACGGAGCUGGGCGAAGGGCCACACUGGGACAUCGGCCGGCAAAGUCUGUACUACGUCAGUCUCACCAAUGCGUUAAUCUAUCGGUUGGACUACCGCCAGGGUACAGUGUACAGUGCAACGAUCGAUGGCAUCCGUUUCGCAACGUUCAUCGUACCGGUGAAGGAUAAGCAGGAUUGUUUCGUCAUCGGUGACACGAUUCGCUUGGUGGUGAUUCGUUGGGAUGGUAUAGCGACCAAGGCAACCAUCGUACGUGAGCUGGCCAGGCUGGGUCCAGAGCACGCGAACAAUCGCUUCAACGAUGGUAAGGUGGAUCCCUGGGGACGACUUUACGUCGGUUCGAUGCUGAACGAAUCGGCCGGUAAUCCGUUCGAGAAGGCAACUGGUUCGUUGUGGCGCUACUGUGACCGUACGGGACAACUGGUCGAGCAGGAUCGGAACCUGUACAUCUCGAACGGGUUGGCCUGGAGUCGACCGGCGAGCAAGUUUUACUUCGUCGAUUCGGGUUCCAAUCACAUCAAACAGUACGACAUCGAUCUGGAUGGUAAUUUAACAAAUGCAAACGUUUGGUUCGAUUUUAAACGCGAUGGUAAAGAUCCGGGCUAUUUCGGUGAUGGCAUGACGACCGAUAGUGAGGGAAACUUGUUUGUGGCAUGUUUUAACGGUUUUAAAGUGGUCAAAAUCUCACCAGAUAAAAAGAUUCUUCAAGAAAUUAAGAUUCCCGCCAAACAGGUUACCUCCGUAGCGUUCGGUGGACCAAAGCUGGACGAACUUUUUGUGACGACGGGGGCGAAAAAUAUUUCCGGACCACAAAAGGAUCCAGCCGGUGCUACCUUCAAAGUGACAGGGCUAAACGUGAAGGGAUUAGCCAUGAAUGAGAUCAUUCUGAAGGAGUAAGAUGGAGAUCAUUAGAAAAGAAGUUUUCUUAUAGGAACUUAAGCGAAAGAGCAUAUACCAAUGAUAAAAAUGUUUUAUCGAAAUAAAUGUUCUUUACAAG